GUACCAAAUGCGUCCAAAUUUCUCACCUUUGCCCACCAGAAUCGAGACCGGUCCUAUGUCUCAAUAUCAACAUCGAGGAACGGCCCAGAGUACAGCUACUUCGCCGGCUUGAGGAUACCCGCUGGAAAUUCUGUAAUGAGUGCUGGCGCCUUCAACCAAGAGCGAAACAUUAAACUCAUCAUCCGGCCAUACGCGAUAAAAACUUCGCGAUUUGAUACUUUGUCCGACACCGAAAACUCUCAACGAUACCGAAAUUCGGCAUUUUGGAGUGGUCGAGAUUUGCCCCCUUAUGAUUUAUCCAAUGGGCGCAUUCGUCACCGCUGCACCUUUACUGAUCAUCCCUUUGCACAUGUUGAAAUCGUGACGCAGCUUUGGAACGAGGGACCACAUUUACUUACAAGCUCCAAUUAUGAGUUUCCAAUUGGAGACAAUAUGGCCUCGAGAGACAUAUAUUCUGGCCCUAGAACUUCCUUCGUGUUUGUAGAAGAAGAUGUCGAAAUUUGGAUCAUGAGCUUUUUCUAUCAAGCUGGUUCAGGGUUUUCCGGCUGGCCAAAAGAUCGUGAUAUCACCUUAUCGAAAAGCGGAAGGGAUAUGAGACUUGAAAUCCAGACAUUUAGGAACCUGGGAGAUCGAGAUCUUCUGAAUCGGGAUUGGCUUGGUCAUUGCUGUUGA